GCCAAACCCGAACAUUAAACCAACCAAAACCCUGCGUCUUGAGAGACGACGAAGAGAGAGAGAGAGAGCACGAAAAUGGGUCUUCUUCUCUACUCUAAUCCUCUGCCUCUCACCACCGCUUCCUCUCGUUCUUCUUCUCCAUUUCCAACAUCAUCAUCUUCGACAGCUGCAACUGCAAUCUUUUCCAGGUUGCACUUGAAACCCACUGAUGCACAUCCAAAAUCUUUCAGUGGAGUUCGCCUUCGUAUGCCUGCUGUCAAAAGGUUUGCAUCAGUAGUUGUUAAGGCUUCCUCUGACAUUGAUGGCACCAGUCCAACAGAGAGUAGUGAGCCAGUUUUAGAUACCAAGAAAGAGGUAGUACCUGUUGACAAGCUUCCCUUGGAGUCAAAGCUGCAAGAAAGGCUAGAGCAGAAGGCGAAGAUGCAACUGGCGAAGAAAAUAAGACUUCGGAGGAAAAGACUUGUUCGUAAGCGGAAGCUGAGGAAGAAAGGCCGAUGGCCUCCUUCAAAGAUGAAGAAGUUAAAGAAUGUCUGACCUUUGUAGAAGUUGUACGUCUUUGAAUUUUUAAAUUCUUGGUUGUAGUUUUAUUGAUCAAUUUCAGAAACAUAUUUGACAAA